GUCGUCGUCGUCGUCGUCGUUGUUGUCAUCGUCGUUGUCAUUGUCACUGUCAUUGUCAUUGUUGUCAUUCGAUUAAAUCUGUUAUCGAUCGGUUCUCCAAAUAUAAUUUCGAUAUUCCUAUCCUCUUUUUGGUUUCUCCAACAUGGCUACGCUCAGGUCCACGAUCUUCCUAAUCUUCAUCAGCUUCGCCGUUGUCUCGUCAGCCGGAUUGUUCGAGACUCUACUCUCUUGGGACUUAUCGGAUUCCGAAGCGAGAUCAACUCAAGCCCAAUCGAAAUGUCUCUGUCAGACUUCCGGCUGUCUUUGCUGCGUCGACCUGAAUUUAACAGUGACAAUGGAUCUCGGUGGUCCUGUUUGUGUUAAUAUCAGGUACAAGGAACAAAACGUAUCCUUGAACUUGAGCUACGGCGAUAAUCCUGUACACAAUGCGACGAUAAAGAUCGUUGACGCAGUUAAUAAACCAACUUGCAUGAAUCUCCUAUCGGACUUGGCGCAGAUUUGUGCAAAAUUCACAUCGGUUAAAUCGGCUGAACAUGGUCACGACGGUUGUUUGGUGAUCGAGCCGGCAUUAUUGGGUUCACCGCAGGCUACCUAUCAUAUGGGCUGUUUUAAUUUUGAUCAGACGGUGCGGCAAAUAGAGGUGUCCGCUAUCACCGAAACGACUGAGAGUACGGAUAGCACGGAUGACGAGGAGGACGAUGGCAUCAACACGGACGAGUUGAUCGCUGCUGUGUCAGCAAGCGCUGAACACGGACUCGCUCUGUUUUCUCAAUGGUUAGGCUUGAACUUGAAUCCAAGAUUGAAUUUCACUAAUAAGAAUCAAGUACAAGAAGAACAACCUCAACAACAACAACAACAACAACAACAACAACAGCAGCAGCAACAACAACAACAACAGCAGCAGCAACAACAACAACCGCAACAGCAACGUCAAAUAGAAAGUAGUGACCUACAGACAAGAACGGCUCGGAAUAUGAUGGACAUUCAGUCUGAUAAGAAUGACGAACGAUUUAAACAACUCCUCAGCGCUCAGGAUAACGUUUUGAAGGAAUCUGCGAAAAUCGGACUGGCAAAUGGUGCUCAAACGACCUUCGUUUAUUCCAGCCCGAUCGGUUUGCCUAUAUUGGAAAAGGGUGCAAUAGAGAAAAAAGCAGAAAUCGAUACGAUCGACGAUUCCUAUCAACGUUUGACCGUACCAAAGGAAUCAAGGCGAGGCGGUAGAGCCUAUAGUAUUCAUCAACACGUCAACGAGAUUUGAAAAAAGUCUUUCUCGUGUUCGAUUCGAGGAAGUCGUCGAAUGGCUUGGGUAGAGUUAAACUAGCGCAUUUAUGUUGUUAAACUGUGCUAGUUCUUUUCAGGGCUGGUCGAUGAGAAAACAAGUGGGUGGUU